AUGGAGACCGACCCCAAUCUGCACAUCCAGCACGCCAAGAAUGGGGUCGAAAAGAUGUUCAUGUCCGGAGAGGGUAAUCAUCAUUACAGGGUGAAUGGCUAUGAUCCAGCGACAGGCACCAUGUAUGAAUUCAUGGGCUCUUUCUGGUAUGGGUGCUGCUCCUGUUGCAAGACCAAACGUGGAGAACCUCAUGCCGUCCUGUGCACAGUGAUGGGAGCACGUUAUACCAACACCCACUAUCGCCUGGGCCUCUUGAAGCAACACCCUGAUGUGAAGCGUAUCGUCACCCUGUGGGAAUGCGACUUUAAAGCCCAGCAACUGUCAGACCCAGCUUUGCUCGCUUUCAUGCAGGGACCCCACUGUACCAACCUACCUGCCCCGCUAAACCCUCGCGACGCCUUCCAUGGAGGACGAACCAAUGCCACCCGAUUAUGCUACGAGGCCCAAGAAGGUGAAACCAUCAAGUAUAUUGAUAUCUGUUCACUUUAUCCCUACAUUUGCAAGACCAGAGAGUUUCCCACGGGACAUCCGACCCUCUACCAUCAACCUCCUGUGGAGAAGUUGUUUGAUCUGAAAGGUCUUAUCCAUUGUCAUGUCCUACUCCCGACACACCUCUACCAUCCGCUCCUGCCCUACAGAUCGGGUGGAAAACUGCUCACUCCUUUGUGCCGCACAUGUGCCGAAACCCGGUCACAGACGUCCUGCGAGCACACGGGCGAAGAGAGGGCCUGGGUGGGCACGUACACCACCACAGAACUCCAUGAAGCCGUGAAGAAGUAUGGCUACAAAGUGCUUUAG